AUGGAGUUGAAUAAUUUUGGAUUCUUGGAGGUGUUAAACCUUUCUCAUAAUUAUCUGGUGGGACCUAUUCCUCAAGGCAAACAAUUUGAUACUUUCACCAGUGAUUCCUACAUAGGAAACUUGGGCUUAUGGGGGUUGCCAUUAUCAAAAAGUCGUGAUAUUGAUCACGAAACUCCAGCAAAAUUUUAUAGAGAUGAUGAUGAUGAUGGAUUGAAUUGGAAAUUUUCUAUACUGAUGGGGUAUGGAUGUGGGUUGGUGCUGGGACUGAGCAUGGGAUACGUUGUAUUCACCACAGGAAAACCAUGGUGGUUCAUUCGGAGCUACUUGAAAGUUCAACAAAGAUUUGCAAAAUGGCCGAAGCAGCUAAAAGAGCGACAAUCAACAAUGUCAUCAAGGUCAGUGUCAUACGCAGGCGGUGAUAUCAAGAAAUCCGGUGAGUUGGAGAAAAUGUUUGAUAUCCCAGUGCUUGAUCGUUCCUCGUCCAGUGUUCCGCCUUUGAAACCCAACUCCAACCCCAACUCAAAGCAACAAUAG